AUGCUCCAACAACUAGUGACUAGUGGUGAGUUUGACCCCUUCGAAUUGAUCCCCACCUCGCAGAAUAUCCAAAGUAUGGGUAUUCAGGAAGAUAUGGUUCCGCGAUGUCUACACCUGUAUGAGAGUGGCGUAGUCUUUCGAGAGGAGGUUUGCCCUAGAACUUCAAUUACCUUGGCGGAUAUUCUGAGUGUUAUCCCCCAAACCACACGUGUCCCGAACGCGGUGCAGUACUUUAUACACUUCCUAAAAUCUUGGGACUUGGCCCACUGUGUACAUGUUAUUAUUUCACGUAGUCUUCUAGACGAGAAUGCCGGUGUACCUAUUUCGUUCAAGAUCAAUGAGCUGGAAUUGUUUUGA